UGCGUGAUUGACUAUUGACGCGUCUAAUAGUCCGCCACGGCUUGCAGUUGAGGCCGUUUGUUAUCAGAUUCGUCCCGAUUAAGAGGAGACUCAGAGAGGGAAGGGGAAGCGACGAAGGAGGUAGACCGGAUCGGAGGAAUGGGUGGUUCCCAAUCCGCACCGAAUGCAACCUCCAUUCACGAAUUCACCGUCAAGGAUGGCAUCGGCAACGACGUGAAUUUAGGGAUUUACAAGGGCAAGGUCCUUCUCGUCGUCAAUGUCGCCUCCAAAUGCGGAUUCACAGAGAAAAACUACACGCAGCUGACGGAACUAUAUAACAAGUAUAAAGGAAAAGGUAUGUUUUCGUAUUCCAAUCAAAAGCUUCUUUUCAUGGAAUGAUUGACAUAAUGAUGACUAAUUUUUGUUGAAGGUUCUAUCUUUUUGUAAGUCUUAGAAGUUAAAUUAAUAUCCGAUUUAAAACACUUUCCAACUGUACAUUGAAAUUAAAAGUUGACAAGAAAAAAGGACUAAAGGAGAGAAAUUUUAGAUCUUGCCCACUGUAUGUGCAAUAAGCAAUCAAAGAGACAAACAAUAGUCUCUAACUCCUGCAUGCAUGAACAUGUUGGAUAAAGUUUAUCAUAGAACUUUGGUACUGACAAAUAAUAAGAAUUCAGUAGAAUGAUGGAAGAGUUUAAUGGUUAAAAGAAAACCAAGACAAGUUUCUUUUACUCAGGGAUAAAAUUAAGAAAUAAUAACAUGGCUGAUUAAGUGAUUUUUAGGUUAAACAACUUAUUUGAUGACACUUCUUCAAAGACAUCCAACAAAAAUCUUAUUCAAAGGCAUUAGUCAGUGAAUCUUUUUAAUUUAGUGAGGUCUAAUAUUCAUUGUUGUAUUCAUGGAAAGACUAGAAGUGAUUAUAAUGGCUAAUUUAUAUCCUAGCAGCUAUUUUAUAUACUUGGGAGUUAUUGAGUUCACUAAUUAACUCCAACUAUCGUACAUCAUUAUUUGCCACUCUAAUGUUAUCGCUAUCACGAUUAGCCUUUCCAGACUUUGCCCCCUAUGUCUUCAGUUAUCUAUCCUCUUGUUGGGGGCUAGGUUCAUAGCUUGAUAUUUUUUUGCUAUUUCUUAUGAAUGAAAAUGAUUUUGCAAGUCCUGCUAUCAAACUUUUUGUUGAUUGUUAAAUUGGAAUGGAUGUUGAACAAUGCUAACAUUGAGUGUUUAUUAUUACGAAAUAAUUGUAAUAAUGGAUCAUGUUAAGAAAAAGACUCAGUCUACCUGGAAGAUAAAUUGAGAAAUUUGGUGUAGUAAAUAUUUGCCACCAACUCAUUUUUUUUUAAACUCGAAAGUUGUGUGCAGGUAAUGAUGUAAUGUUGUAAGAAUUUGUUGAUAGACCACACAUUCUGGGCAUAGGACAAGUUGCUCUUGCCCUUUUGGUACACAUAAUUAAUUCUUUUUCAAGUUCAAUUCUAUUGGAAAAUGAACAUGAUUUUGAAUAUGUUAAUUAUUUUUACAAUUAACUUCUGCAAAAUAUAUAAUUAUUCAUGCAAAUAAAUAACAUUUGCUGGGAGCAAUGAGCUUACUUAUGUGGAU